AAUAGAGUUUCCGGGUGCCUCGCACUCCCUUAAGACGCAGGCGUAAGCGGUCGGCCGGUAGCGGAGUCCGUGGAGAGGCCUGGGAGGCUGUUUUUCGGGCGCUAAUUUGCCUCAGGCUUCCGCAGUUUAAUGUGUGUGCCACUUAUUUAGGAAGAAAAUGUCGUCUGAAAUGUUUUCAAAAGCUCUGGAGGCUCAGUUGCUUCAGACAACAAAGAUUGUAGAAGAACAACUUGAUGCUGAGAUUAAAAAACUAGACAAUGUGGAUGAUGAUGAAUUAGAAAUCCUAAAGCAAAAAAGGCUUGAAGGCUUGAAGAAAGCCCAGCAACAGAAACAGGAAUGGCUUUCAAAUGGGCAUGGGGAAUAUGUGGAAAUCCCCAGUGAGAGAGAUUUUUUUGAACAAGUGAAAAGGAGCAAUAAAGUCGUCUGCCAUUUUUACAAAGAUACAAGUUUCAGAUGCCUGAUAUUAGAUAAGCAUCUAACAGUACUGGCAAAAAAGCACAUUGAGACCAGGUUUAUCAAAUUAAAUGCUGAAAAAUCUCCAUUCCUGUGUGAGAGACUUCGCAUUAAAGUACUUCCCACACUAGCACUUGUAAAAGAUGGCAAAACACAGGAUUACGUGGUUGGUUUUACUGAUCUUGGUAAUACAGAUGACUUCACCACAGAGACCUUAGAAUGGCGAUUAGGUUGUGCAGAUAUAAUCAACUACAGUGGCAACUUGAUGGACCCCCCUUUCCAGAGCCAAAAGAAGUUUGGAACCACUUUCACAAAGAUGGAUAAGAAAACAAGGGGAAAGAAAUAUGAUUCAGAUUCUGAUGAUGAUUAGAUAUCAUGAUUCAGAUGUUUGUAAAUCAUCUUUUCUUUGAAGCUUAAUACAUUUCUAGGAAUGUUUUAUAAAGCUGUUUGUUUUCAGUACAUUUGCAUAUAAUGCUCAUUUUCUAAAACAGUUUUAUACAACUCAUGAAAAGAAACUGAAUAUUUUUUUUCGCUUGGGGUGACAUUUCUAGGUGAAAAAUCUGCCCUCUUUUGAACUGCGUCACAUGAGACAUGACUUUAAAGCAUUUUGUUAAUUAUAAAAAUUCUCUUUAAACUACAUUUUAAGUACUUCAUUUGUCAAUUGAAAUAUUAAUGAAGGACUUCUGUCAAGAAUUGUCAUAAAACUAUUCCAGAAGUAGUACAUUAAUAAAACUGUCGCUUGUCUGACUAUGCCAUGUGUAUGACAUGGUAUUGCCUAACUUAACAUUGCACUGCAUAUUAUGAAACCAUCUUAGCCUCUUUAAAAGAAUUAAGUCUACCAGUUGUGUACACUGCACGUUAAAGCUGAAUCAGCAGGCAAAUAGCACAUGGCAAAACUAUAUUGAACUGGAGUACAGACUAGAUUUUUUUAUUUUAAAAAAAUCGGAGUGAAAAUUGGUGUUUGCUUUUUCUCUUGAUGUGAAUGCAGUUUAAUACAAUUUAUUGCACUGUUGUUCUUCAGUAAUAGGCUUAUUUUCCAAGAGAAUCUCUUUCGUCUAGGAAUACUAAAAUUCCCUUGGGAAUCUGUGACAGUCUAGCUCCUAGGUAGGUGAAUGAGCUUUUCCUUUGUACUUGUAAAUGACCACAGUUGCCAAAAAGUUGAAGUAUAUCUACAUUUGGGGGUGUUGAGAUAAAGCCCAAUUGGUUCAGGAAAUAAGAGAGCCUUGCCUGUGAAUCUCUACUUGUGGCAAAUAAAGAGUCAACUCAUUUGAAAGAAAAUUGCUUUCUCUUCUAUCAGAGAGAAGUGAGCAAUGUUGCAGCAUGCUUACUGAAUCAGCAUGAAGUCACCAGUGUUAAGUUGAUAGUUGUGUGCACAAGUCUUGGUUCAGUAGCUGCUUUCUCCGUUUUUCCUUUUGAGGGAGGUGAGGAAACUGCCUCAGUGAGGGGUGAGUGGACAUAUUUAAUAUCCACCAUUAACAGGCACACCUUAUCUCAGUGGAAUGCAUAGCUGUGCCCCAACAUUGCUUGCUUCUCUCUGCUGAUAGAAGUAAUGGGCAAGCUAUUUCUAGAAGUUAUAAAAGGAGCAUUUCCUAUGAAGAUCCAAAGGGAAGGGGUAAUGAGAAGGAUUUAUCUAAGAUGGUUUGAAGGCAGGUAAAAGAGGGGGGGGGUUUCAGUGUAGUGUUUUGAGUCUACUGGAUAGGCAUAGUUGGUAGGCAGAGUCUCUGUGUCCCAGCAAAUUCUGGGUAUUAGCUGCCACAGGAGGUGUAAAACCAAUCUGGCUCUUUUGCACAGUAGGUCAGCAAUAUUUUUCUCUUAACUAAGUCAGUUGUGUGUUUUUUUUAACGUUUAUGUAAAAGAAAAUAAAAUUAUUUGAAUUCUAA